AUGGAGAUCACCACAGAGGCUGACUACCCCACCUCCAGCUACUGGCCCUACAGAGAAGACUAUGGGUAUUAUGAUUAUCAUGGUUAUCACAGAUCACAAUACAACUUCCCAGGUAGUGGUGGCUGGAGCCAGACAGAUUGCUGGAGAACAGAGAGGUAUCAGGGCAGAGGAUUGCAGCAGGAGUCAGUAAGAGCUUCUUAUUUAGAUCAGCAGGGCUAUAGCCAUAGAACAGACAGUCGAUAUGACCGUGGCGACUCAGAGAGACAGCACAGAGAAAGUAUGGAAAAUGGAGAUGGAACUGGAGAGGUGUAUGGUAGUGGAGCGCUUGCCAACUCUAAAGCUUCAGGUGUGUCCUUGAGCAGCUAUGAGCUCAGCCAGUACAUCAAUGGUACUGAACAGACUGAGCUUAUAUCUCACACAGGUUUGUCACAACCAAUGCUGUACCCAAUGGAGGUAGCCCCACUAAAGUUCUGCAUCCCUCAUGUGGCAGUGAGCUUUGGGCCUGCAGGUCAGCUGGUAUGGCUCAGUUCAGCCCUGGCCUCUGAGGGUGAGCCUGCUCAAGUGGAACUCCACAGUCUGGAGGUAAUUCUUUGCGAUACACAUGAACAGCAGAAUAUGAGAGACUUACCUGGACCACUGGCUAGGGAGGAUUUGCAUAAGGCGGAUUCCAUUAACUUUGCCCUCCAAAUGUCAGAGAAAUGCCUGAAGGAUGAGAAAUUAGAAGAUGCCACUUCUGCUGCCCUCUUGUGGCAUCUACUAAUCUUGCUGUGCAGACAGAAUGGAAGAAUCAUGGAUUCAGAUGUUGCAGAACUGCUGAUGAGGGACUCCAGUUCUUUGGGUGCGUGUGGGGUCUCUGGUGAGCCUGCAGCUGGAGAAAGCCUCAUUGAUCUGAGUGAAACACCCACACCAGAAAAAGAGACCCUUAACAUCGCUGACCUUCUGACUGGAUAUCCACCAACUGACAAAGAGGCUGCAGAGCAAAACCUUCAGAAAUACACAAAACUAUUGCUGUCUGGCAGAAAGAAGGAAGCGCUAGAGUCAGCCAUGCAAAGUGGUCUUUGGGGUCAUGCUUUAUUUCUGGCCAGCAAAAUGGACAGAAGAUCCUACAACACAAUGCUUAGCAGGUUUAUAUGCAGUCUGGCUCCUAGUGACCCUCUGCAAACCCUUUUCCAGCUGCUCUCUGGGAAGAUUUCAGCUGUUCUCAUGGAUAUGCUGUAUGCCUCCCAGAUCUGCUACCUCACAGCUCAAUGUCCCUUUGGCUGGUAUACAAACAAAUCAGAAUGUCUUGUGCUUCUGGGCAGCAAGCAAAGUGUUCUGUUUAUCAAGUUAUGUCAUAACUCUGCUAUUUGCUGUACUGAACUCUUUGAGUACUGCCAGAGGCUUGGAAAUGCUGAAAUUUUCAUUCCUGCUUUUCAGGUGUAUAAAUUCCUAUAUGCAUGCCGGUUGCUGGACUGUGGUCUGGUUUCUCAGGCCUUCCACUACUGUGACGUGGUGGCAAAAGCUCUCCUCAAGAUUGAGGAACCCCAUUUGGUGCUGCUGGGAGAGCUUAUUAAAUUGGUGGGCAGAUUGAAGUUCUCCGAGGCACAAUUCAGUGACACAGGUCAGCCUUUACUGGACCCCAAUUGGCUGGUGCAGGUUCGCUGCAGACACCAGACCAUGCUGGCUCCUAAGACCAUGGCUCCAGUGCCACUGUACCCGACCCAGCAGCCAAUGACACUGGCCCCAGUCUUCCCGAUGGAAAAGUCUGGGCAUCCACAAGUUUUAAUGGACCAAAGCCACUCUAAUCUUGAUAGCAGCAGUAAAAAUUAUAACUUUCACAAUGCUGCUUGCACUUCACCUCCAAGAAACUACAAUAAUACAGGUUAA